AUGUAUGUAUCUAUCCCCCCGUGCCACUACGGCAAGCCACCUGCAGCGAAGGGGGAGCUGUUCCCCCAAGAUAAGGCUCCCCCCUCCCUGGGGGAAUUUCCUCCCUUCCUCCUGGUUCCACGGGUCCGAGACAGUGUACCGGAGCAGCGUUCCACUUAUGCCACGGGAAACCUGUUUUUCAAGCCGGACUCGGAGACCCUGAAGGAAUCCCUCGCUACCUUUGACGAACUGGCUAGAGAGCUCGGCCUGCGCGUGCUGGGCUGGCGGGAUGUCCCCCACGACUCCACCCUGCUGGGCCCCGCCGCCCUGUCCCGCGAGCCCGUCAUCAUGCAGCCCUUUGUUGUGCUUCGCUCGGCCUAUGGCGAUGGGCCCACCCCCCUGAAGACGACGGACCCGGACCAGGACCCGGCGCAGUUCGAUGAGCUCACCUUCGAACGCCAGCUCUACUUCCUCCGAAAGCGCGCGACCCAUGUCCUGGGCCUUGCGAACUGGUUCUACGUCUGCUCCCUCAGCAACCGCAACAUCGUCUACAAGGGCCAGCUGGCCCCCGUCCAGGUUUACGAAUACUACCACGACCUGGUCUCCGUUGACUACGAGGCCCAUUUCGCCCUGGUCCACUCGAGAUUCUCGACAAACACCUUCCCGUCCUGGGACCGUGCUCAACCGCUCCGCUGGGCGGCUCACAAUGGAGAGAUCAACACUCUGCGCGGCAACAAGAACUGGAUGAGAGCCAGGGAAGGGGUCUUGCGAUCCGAAAUCUUCGGCGAUGACCUGGACUACCUCUACCCGAUCGUUGAGGACGGCGGUUCCGACUCCGCUGCCUUCGACAAUGUGCUCGAGCUGCUCACCAUGAACAGGGUUCUGUCCCUGCCGGAAGCGGUGAUGCUGAUGGUCCCGGAAGCGUGGCAGGAUAAUCCCGCCAUGGACCCCGCAAAGGCUGCUUUCUACGAAUGGGCCGCCUGCCAGAUGGAGCCUUGGGAUGGACCCGCGCUCUUCACCUUCUCCGACGGACGGUACUGUGGCGCGAACUUGGAUCGCAAUGGUCUUCGCCCCUGCCGAUACUACAUCACAGACGACGAUCGCAUCAUCUGCGCGUCGGAGGUCGGCACGAUUCCAUUCGAUCCAGAGCGCAUCGUUGAGAAGGGCCGUCUGCAGCCCGGCAAGAUGCUGCUUGAUGACACGGUGGCUGGAAGGAUCAUCGACGACACCGAGUUGAAAACGACCGUUGCCAGCCGCCAUGAUUUUAGAUCGUGGAUUGAAAGAGAGCUGCUUCGCCUUCCAGAAAUUCAAAAGGGCCUGCUCGAGAAAAACAUUGACCUAACCUAUACCCUGGACGAUUCUACGGUUCAGGGCGAUGUUAGACUCAAGGCAUUUGGCUAUUCCUACGAGCAAGUCAGUCUCAUUCUGGGGCCGAUGGCCGCCGAUUCCAAGGAGGCGCUUGGAUCCAUGGGCAACGAUGCGCCCCUUGCGUGUCUCGCUCAGCAGCCGCGGCUUCUGUAUGAGUAUUUCCGCCAGCUUUUCGCACAGGUCACCAACCCGCCCAUCGAUCCCAUUCGGGAGGCCAUCGUCAUGUCCCUAGAAUGCUACGUGGGUCCCCAGGGGAACCUCCUGGAGAUGGAUUCCUCGCAGUGCCAUCGCCUCCUUCUCACUUCGCCCAUUUUGUCACUGGACGAGUUCAGCACGAUCAAAAAUAUGGCGGCGGUCCAUGUCGACUGGUCCGUCAAAACUAUCGAUAUCACUUUCGAGAAAGCGAAGGGGAUUCAGGGCUACCUCGACGCUCUAGACGAGAUCUGCAACGCGGCAACCGAGGGUGUCCAGAACGGCGAUAAAGUCUUUAUACUUUCCGACAGGGCCACCUCUGCCGAUCGAGUCCCCGUCUCUUCCCUGCUUGCCACGGGCCUUGUCCACCACCAUCUCGUUCGAAACAAGUGGAGGUCGCUGGUUGCUUUGAUCGUCGAGACUGCUGAAGCGCGAGAGGUGCAUCACAUGUGCGUUCUUCUUGGGUAUGGCGCCGAUGGAAUCUGCCCGUACCUGGCUCUGGAAUGCAUUCUGAAAAUGAACCGUGAGAAUCUGAUCCGCAAGGCGCUCUCGGACGAGAAGAUCAUCGAAAACUACAAGUCGUCGGUGGACGGCGGCAUCCUCAAAGUCAUGAGCAAAAUGGGCAUCUCGACUCUUCAAAGCUACAAGGGCGCCCAGAUCUUCGAAGCGCUAGGGAUAGAUGAUAGCGUUAUUGACCUGUGCUUCGCGGGCACUGCGAGUCGGAUAAAAGGCAUGACCUUCGAGCAGAUCGCGCAGGAUGCGUUUGCCUUCCACGAGAAGGGCUUCCCGUCGCGAAUUAUCAGCGAGAUCCCUGGGCUGUCGGAAUCAGGCGAAUACCAUUGGCGCGAUGGCGGUGAACACCAUAUCAACGACCCCGUCAGCAUCGCCAACAUCCAGGAUGCCGUGCGCACCAAGAAUGACAGGUCGUAUGAGGCAUAUGCGCGCUCCGAACAUGAGCAGAUCAGGAACUGCACCUUGCGCGGGUUGCUCGAUUUUAAUUUCGAACACCGCACUGCUGUGCCGAUUGACCAAGUCGAGCCGUGGACUGAGAUCGUCCGCCGCUUUGUCACUGGCGCAAUGUCGUAUGGAUCCAUUUCCAUGGAGUCUCACUCCACUCUUGCCAUCGCAAUGAAUAGACUCGGCGGCAAGUCCAAUACGGGAGAAGGGGGUGAGAAUGCGGAGCGCAGCAAGGUUCUGGAGAACGGCGACACCAUGAGAUCCGCCAUCAAGCAGAUUGCCUCUGGCCGAUUCGGCGUUACGUCCCACUACCUUGCUGACGCCGAUGAGCUCCAAAUCAAAAUGGCCCAGGGCGCCAAACCCGGCGAGGGCGGAGAGCUUCCUGGCCACAAAGUGUCCGCCGAGAUCGGCAAGACCCGCCACUCAACCCCGGGCGUAGGCCUCAUUUCACCCCCACCACACCACGACAUCUACUCGAUCGAAGAUCUGAAACAGCUCAUCUACGACCUGAAGUGCUCGAAUCCCCGUUCGCGCGUCUCUGUCAAGCUUGUCUCUGAGGUUGGCGUCGGUAUUGUUGCCUCGGGCGUUGCAAAGGCCAAGGCGGAUCAUAUCUUGAUCUCGGGCCAUGACGGAGGCACCGGCGCGUCGCGGUGGACGGGAAUUAAGUACGCUGGGCUUCCGUGGGAACUCGGCCUGGCAGAGACUCACCAGACGCUGGUCCUCAACGAUCUUCGCGGCCGUGUCAUCGUCCAGACUGAUGGUCAGCUGCGGACGGGUCGGGAUGUAGCGAUGGCGUGUUUGCUGGGAGCAGAGGAAUGGGGCUUUGCGACGACUCCUCUCAUUGCCAUGGGCUGUGUUAUGAUGCGCAAGUGCCACUUAAAUACAUGUCCGGUUGGCAUUGCAACCCAGGACCCCUUGCUCCGACAAAAGUUCUCAGGGACCCCUGAACACGUUAUCAAUUUCUUCUACUACAUCGCCAACGAACUACGAGCGAUAAUGGCCAAAUUGGGUAUCCGCACCAUCAACGAGAUGGUAGGUCGUGCCGACCUGCUGAAGAUGCGGGAUGACCUCCCUUCGUCCAAAAUGGAAAAUAUCGAUCUCUCUCUCAUUCUCACACCGGCUCACUCCCUGCGCCCUGGCGUAGCGACGUACAAUGUCCGUAAACAAGACCAUCGCCUCCAUGUACGUUUGGACAACAAGCUCAUUGCCGAAUCCGAACUGGCGCUGGAAAAGGGCCUGCCGUGCCGCAUCGAGUGUGACGUUGUGAACACCGAUCGCGCCUUGGGCGCUACGCUUUCAUACCAGGUGAGUCGUCGCUACGGAGAGGCUGGUCUUCCUCAAGACACCAUCCACGCAAAUAUCAAGGGAUCCGCUGGUCAGUCCUUCGGCGCGUUCCUCGCGCCUGGCGUAACCCUCGAGCUUGAGGGUGAUGCCAAUGAUUAUGUCGGUAAAGGAUUGUCCGGCGGUCGUUUGAUCGUCUACCCUCCUCGCAGCGCCGUCUUUAAAUCCGAGGAGAACAUCCUCAUAGGAAACGUCUGCCUGUACGGCGCCACACGAGGUCACUGUUACUUCCGGGGUGUAGCUGCUGAGCGAUUUGCUGUGCGUAACUCGGGGGCUACGGCGGUCGUUGAAGGCGUCGGCGAUCACGGUUGCGAGUACAUGACGGGAGGCCGCGUUCUGAUUCUCGGACCGACUGGCCGGAAUUUCGCCGCUGGAAUGUCUGGCGGCAUCGCCUAUGUCCUCGACGUGAAUCAGGACUUCCACUCGAAAAUUAACAUGGAGAUGGUUGAGGUUUCUGGAGUGGAAGACCCAGCGGAGAUUGCCUUCUUGCGCGGGCUCAUCGAAGACCACCACCACUAUACCGGCUCCGAGCUUGCAGCCCGUCCUGCCGACGGAUUACAAGAGGGUACUUGA